CUCGACUAAUAGAUGCUUACAUUGUUGAGGCAACUCUAGGGUUUAAUGCUGCGACUGGCACUGAGGAGGCAUGGACGCUGGCGGCUUUCCUCCGGAUGUCGGCACUUCUGCGAUCGGCCUAGUGAUGCCAAUGCUGGGAAAGAGGAGCGCGACGCCCAGAUUGAGAUGCUGGAUGAUAUCAUCCAGGAUGUCAAGACGGACACCAUCCGGAGGGCCCAGGAAUCCAAGCGAGGGAAGAAAGAGCCCACAUUUGGAGAGCUCUUUGGGGCUUUGUCUCUGACCGACGCGGAGCUAAGCAGCUGGUUCAAGUCGGAGGAUUUCCCCGACGAGCAGCGACCGAUCCUGGAGGAGCUGUCACCGGACGAGAUCAAGAUGCGCCUCAAGGAGAAGCGGCGAGUGGCUGAGAUGCAGAGACUCAAGAAGUUGGCCGACUCGAGAGUGAGAGUGGUGGACGAUCAAGGGCGAUCGUAUGCUCGAGGCGGGAGGAAGACGAGCCAGGCCAGUGUGUGGCUCUCGGAGGGGAGUGGCAACAUCAUGGUGAACAAGAUGAGCCACGAUCUCUACUUCAGGCAGCUGGAUCAUCGCGUCCACAUACUGGAGCCAUUCUGCGUGACGAACACGCUGGGAAAGUUUGACGUGAAAGCACUCGUGAGAGGUGGUGGUCUCUCAGGGCAGGCAGGGGCUGUGAGGCAUGGCAUCAGCCGAGCAAUCCAGCUUUUUGAUCCGUCUCUCCGGCUUCCCCUACGACGAGGUGGCUAUCUUACCAGGGAUCCAAGAAUCGUGGAGAGAAAGAAGCCGGGACGAGCAAAGGCUCGCAAGGGAUUUCAGUGGGUUAAGAGGUAGAUCAUGGUUCUCGCGUUCUUGGUCAGAGGCAGUGCGUUCUAGCUAUCUCCCUGUACUCCCUGAGAAGAAUCCCAGUGGUGCCAUCAGCAGAAGCUCGACAAGUGCUUGCAAAUCGCAAGGACGGAACUUACGUCUUGCAACUCGUCAUCCGGUGGAAAUACGACUGAUCUCUUUAUUUUUCUUAUUCCAAGAAGUUGUAUGCAACAUUUUAGUAAUGCGGGAUAAUAUUCUACGAAGUUGGCGAGGUUCUCAGCCUCAUUUAACGAA